AUGGCAGUCAAGCUCGACAUGUCUAAGGCCUUUGAUAGGAUUGAGUGGGGGUUUUUGAUUGCUACUCUUAGAAGGUUAGGAUUCCAUAAUGAUUGGUGUGAUAUGAUUUAUGAAUGUGUGUCCACUAUUUCAGCGACUAUUAUUCUUAAUGGCAGACCUGGUGAGGUUUUUUAUCCCACAAGGGGACUUAGGAAGGGAGACCCUUUGUCUCCCUAUUUCUUUAUAAUUUGUAUGGAAUCCUUUUCUCGUCUGCUUGUGCAUGCUGAAGUUAGUGGGAAAAUACAAGGAAUUAGAGUUACGAAACACUGUCCGUCCAUUAGUCAUUUGUUCUUUGCGGAUGACUGCUUAGUCUUUACUAGAGCUAUUGUUAAUGGAGUCAAACAUCUUGUUGAUAUUAUUCACAUGUUUAGUAAGUUUUCGGGGCAGUCCAUAAAUUUUGAUAAGUCACGGUUAUCUUUCAGUCCAAAAACUAACCCCAAUGUUAUGAAUCAGAUUGCUAGUAUCUUGAAUAUUAGAAGAAUGGCCUUGCAAGAUAAAUAUUUAGGAGUGCCUCUUUUAAUACAGAAAAACAAAGUUGAGACUUUUGACCACUUGUCAGGAAGGUUUGGUAAUAGGUUAGCAUUAUGGAAUGGUAAACAUUUGAAUAUGCCUGGUAGGACUGUGUUAGCUCAAACUGUUUUAGUGGCCCAGCUUAAAGCCUUGGUGUGUUUAAAUCUUAAGAAAACUGAAGUUAUAAAUAUAACUCUUCUUACUAAAUUGGCAUGGAGAUUGAUCAGUGAGGAAGAUUCUUUAUGGGGUAAAGUAAUGAAAGGUGUUUGUAAAGGAAUUAGUGUUAUUAAGGAAAAUUAUUGUUGGGAGGUUAGUGAUGGUAGGAGAAUUUCCAUUUGGAAAGAUGUUUGGAUUCUAUGUUGGAAAACUUCUCAUUCUUCCCAAUUUGCCUCAUCUUAUUUUCAAUCUGUUGACCAACUCAUUGAUCAUGACAACAAGACAUGGAAACUUGAUAUUUUAGCUUCUAUGUUUAAUAAUGCUACAGUUAAAGAUAUUCUUAAUAUUAGAAUUCCUUCUACAGGUACAGAUCAGUUGAGACGGGUUUCGUCUGAAAAUUGUAUUUUUUCGGUCAAAACAGCUUAUAGAGUGCUUGAUUCGCCAAACAGUAAUGUUUUUACAAAUCCUAGGAUAGAACACUUUCCAUGGGUUAAGUUCUGGAAAACUAGUUUACCUCCUAAUAUUAUGCAUUUUAUAUGGAAAUGUGUGUAUGGAUGUCUUCCGGUUAGAGAAACUUUAGUUAGAUAUGUAGCUGAGAUUAAUCCUAGAUGCCCUUUAUGUGAUAGAGAAGAUGAGGAUAUGCAACACUUAUUGAUUGAUUGUGAUAUUUCAAAAGCCUGGCUUGCUGUGAACUCUAAUAUUGCAGGGAUAUGCAAUGGUGUAAAUCUCAUUGAUUGGGUCACUAGUUGGUACACAACUAAUGAUAGAUUAGCAGCAGCUAAUAAAGAACUGGCAGAGAUUGCUUCAUUUACUCUUUCUCAUAUUUGGAAGCUGCGUUGUGCAGUGGUUUUUGAUAAUGCUCAUGUCAAUAUAUCUAUUAUAGUCAGUCUGAUCAAUCAGAGUAAACAUGACCGGGUUACUAGUAAUAGUAAUCAGUUGUUUGGUAAUCAACAUGGGGCUACAAUGAGGCUACAUAUUCCUUGGACUAGACCACCUGAAAAUUUUACAAAAGUUAAUUUUGAUGUGUCCUUUCCAAAGGACUCUAAGCUUAUGGGAACUGGACUAAUAAUAGUUGAUGAUGCAGGUAAUUGGAGAGCAGUAGGGUGUAUUCUGGCAGUAGCUUAG